GACUCGACUCGACUCGUCGGCACCACCUGGGCUUUAUUCCGCGGAAACGACGAGCUGCGCGAGGAGCAGAACGGAGAACCCAGGCAGAAGCGCGGCGUUCACGGCUGUCCGGGAAUUCUGUCUAUGAAGACUGCCGUGCACAUCCACCAGGCUGAGAAAGGAAGAAGAGGGAUACCCGUUUAAUUAUUUUUCAUUAUAACAAAACAAGCCAUUUCAGGGGGUUUUAUUUCAUGGGGAUGUGUUCAAGGCAAGAGAGGAUUCAGAAAGACGUCGACAUCGUAAUUCAGAGGUGCAAGGCGGAGAAGGACUGCCCGUUUUCUGAUUUUCGAUACUCCGACUCCACGUUCACGUUCACGUACGCGAAGGGCCCGAAAAGGGUGUCGUAUUCAGUGCACGUCUCUGAAGAUUAUCCUGACAACACUUAUGUGUCCAGUUCUGAGAAUGACGAUGACGUAUUAGUCACAAGAGAUCCCAUUCCUGUCAUUUUUCACAGGAUAGCAACAGAAAUCAGAAUUAACUGUGAUGCCACAAACUGCCUGUCUUUCAAAUCAAAACUUCACAUUGACAAGAACCAGUUCCACAGUGCCAUAGAUGAGGAUUCAGAAGGAGACAACGACUCUGAGGAGUUUUACUAUGGUGGUCAGGUGAACUACGAUGGAGAACUUCACAAACAUCCACAGCUUGAGGCCGACUUAGCAGCAGUGAGAGAAAUAUAUGGACCUCAUGCAGUAUCUCUCAGGGAAUAUGGUGCAAUCGAUGACGUUGACAUAGAUUUGCAUGUUGACGUCAGCUUUCUCGAUGAGGAAAUUGCUCUUGCCUGGGAUGUGAUUAGGAGAGAACCGGUCAUCGUACGUCUCCAUUGUUCGCUCACACAGUAUCUCAAUGGACCAGUUCCAACAGUUGAUGUAUUCCAGGUGUCAACAAAAGAGAGGUUUGGCCUCGGACACCAACUGAAAAAGAUCAUGCAGACGUUCGUCACUCAACAAUGGAAAAAUCACAGUAAAGAUAAACUGAGCUGUCCACACAGCAAAAAGCAAAGUGAUAAAAAGGCGAAAUCACCGCUGCAUAUCUUUUCAACCCUUCGCAGGUCACCCAGCUAUCCACCCCCAGGGUGCGGGAAGAGCAAGAAGAAGCUGAAACCCGAGCAAGAUGGAAUAUCCAAGUCGCACAAAUUGCUGCGCAGGACUUGCUCAAGCGCACCGAAGACUGAUGAUGGGUGUGCCAGCAAGUCCCACAAGCCCUUGGGCCGCUCUCUAUCCAGUGAUCCACGGGUGGAACAUGUGCUGCCCCCAGCCAAGCCCCACAAGCUGCUGACCCGGCCCUGCCCGACGGUGGUGGUGCCGUCGACGGUGACCAAGCCGGACGACUGUGCCUCUCUGAAGUUACCGAAGGUGCCGCCGAGGCCGUGCUCAGCGGAGCUGCGGUGCGAGCCCAAUGGUGGAGGCAGUAGCGGUGGCCUCAAGCCGCACCGCCUCCUGACCCGCUCUUGCUCUGGUGCCCUGCGUGCUGAGGAGCUAGAUGGCCUCCGGCAGCCCAAGCUGCUCAGCCGCUCCUACUCGGGCAGCACCAAGAUGGGCAAGUCUGACCUCUUCAAGGAGCCUGUCCCCGAGAGCCGUCGGCUCUCUCUUACCUCAGGGCUAAUUGGCAUCCUCGCCCCGUCGCUGUCCACGCCACCCACCCCGAACUAUGACGCCAAGUCAAUUCCGGUGAGAGACCGAGGUUUUCUUGUUCAGACCGUGGAGUAUGCAGAGCAGAGGAUUCCGGUCCUUAACGAGUACUGCGUGGUGUGUGAUGAGCCACACGUGUUUCAGAAUGGACCAAUGCUGAGACCCACGGUGUGCGAACGAGAGCUCUGCGUCUUUGCCUUCCAAACCCUAGGGGUCAUGAACGAAGCUGCUGAUGAGAUCGCCACAGGAGCUCAGGUGGUGGAUUUGUUGGUUUCCAUGUGCCGUUCAGCUCUGGAGUCUCCCAGGAAGGUUGUCAUUUUUGAGCCAUAUCCUUCAGUGGUCGAUCCCAACGAUCCCCAAACACUAGCCUUCAAUCCUCGGAAAAAGGACUAUGACCGUGUGAUGAAAGCCCUGGACAGCAUUGCGUCAAUCCGUGAAAUGACCCAGGCGCCAUACCUGGAAAUUAAAAAGCAGAUGGACAAACAUGACCCUCUUGCGCACCCUUUACUGCAGUGGGUAAUAUCCAGUAACAGGUCCCAUAUAGUCAAACUACCAGUAACAAGACAACUGAAGUUCAUGCACACUCCUCACCAGUUUCUCCUGCUCAGCAGUCCGCCUGCCAAAGAAUCCAACUUCAGAGCUGCCAAAAACCUCUUUGGAAGUACCUUUGCUUUUCAUGGUUCACACAUAGAGAACUGGCACUCCAUUCUAAGGAAUGGUUUGGUUGUUGCAUCAAACACAAGGCUCCAGCUCCAUGGUGCCAUCUAUGGUAGUGGAAUAUAUGUCAGCCCAAUGUCAAGCAUUUCCUUCGGUUACUCAGGGAUGAAUAAAAAACAGCAGAAAGUUUCUUCAAAGGAUGAGACUACAUCUCACAGCAAGACCAACACAAGUUUGCAGGCACAGAAGAGAGGGCAGCAGCCUCAGUUUUUACAAAGUCGGAAUUUGAAGUGCAUAGCCUUAUGUGAAGUUAUUACGUCUCCUGAUUUGGACAAACAUGGUGACAUUUGGGUUGUUCCCAACACAGAUCAUGUUUGUACAAGAUUUUUCUUUGUUUAUGAGGACGGGCAGGUUGGUGACACAAACAUCAACACACAAGACAACAGCAUCUACAGAGAGAUCUUACGAGUAAUAGGCAAUCAAACUGCUACUGGAUAAAGAUGAACAACUCAUUACAGUGGCCUGAACAUGACCUUUUUCAGACUCAAAGCUGGAUUUUGAGCUAAAGAGGUGAUUACAGUGUGAUUAUUGUAAGGAAACACUAUUUAAAACAUUUAAAUAGGUUUGAACAAAAGAGCUACAUUUAUACCCCUGGUAGGACAGUAAAAUGCAUUAGAUAUACUCAAUUAUGUUGAAAAAGUUUGAAAAUGUCAGGAAUGUCCAACUUGACGAAUGGACUGCUUUCUUUUUUAAAUGGAAAAAAUUGGUAACUUCAUCAAAAUGUUGAUUUAUAAUACUAGUUAAAACUUUACAGGAAUUUGGUACUCCUGUGUAAUGAAAAGCCAAACCCUGGAACUUGUUUACUAACCAAGACACAUCUAUUUGCAGUGUAGUUAGUAAAUGAUGAAGGUGUUGAUAUGCACUUUGACUUUUUUAUUGUACAAUAUUUUAACUUAAAAUGCCUUUUUUCCCAAUUUAGCAACUCAAAGACUCAAAGACUUUAAUUCUUACUUAGCUGAUUCGUAUUCUGAAUGGUGACUUAAACAAGAUUCUUGUUUAUUGAUGAUGAAAACUAUCUGCAGCCGAUUCCUUGAAGCAUAAAAAAAGCAGUAUAAAGUUAUGUGUGUUUGUCUCAUCUUCAUGUUGAUCACCUGGCCUUGCUGUUGACUGUAAAAGGAGUGAUCUGAAAUGCUGAAGUGGUGAUGUCCUUGUCCUACCUCCCGCAGCUGGUUGAUUUUCCUCCAUUAUACCCAACAAAAAGCCCAAUAACAAUAAUGGUUGUUGCUCAUUACACUAGCAGCAACUGGUUUACAGUGAUUGGUCAGUGCUUCUUUUUUCCAGUCUUUGGUUUUUAAUCUUCCUUCAACAUCUGAUGUAUAGCUGAUAAGUAAUCUUUAAAAAAACAAAAUAUUGUAAAGAGAAGUUUAUUUUUUGGGGACGGGGUUUGUAUGAGAAAACGGCUCAUGUUUGACGCUUAGCUUUUAUAUUUGGCUGUUUCUUUCUAACUAAACAUUUGUAAAAGCAGAGAAAUCAAAACUAAAUGUCACCCUCCCACUCCUGUUCUUGUUCAUUGUAAUAUCAAAUUUGUCUAGAAGACUCAAAAUAUGACUUUAUAUGCAUGUCUGAUCAAUGGUCAGAAGUAAGCAAUAAAUAUAAAGUAAAGAAUUUGAUUUUAAAAAGGACAACUGUUUGCCUCUUCAUGGCUUUAGGUUACAGUAUACAUUUAUUUCAAGUUAUUGGCUCAAUAUUUCAUUGCUGAUUUCAUUUUUAGGCCUGCUGUAACGCUCCUGUGUCUCCUUUUAAAGUUCAGUUGCAGAAUAUAAAAAUCUUAUUGCAAUUUGUCAGUUCUGCUGCUGAAGUACUUUUAAUUUAUAUAAAAAAAAAAAAAGAAAAAAAAAAAAAAAAAAAACUGGCCAGGGUUGGGUUUCCAAAAACCUUCACAAGCAUCAUUAACAUUGUUUCUCUGUUGAGUACUGUUUAAAAAUGUUAACAAAACUUACUAAGGUGUACAGUGGUUUUGGGAAAUCCAGUCCAGGAAUGUUGAUGCAGUCUCAACUGAUGUAAACCCUGUUAACACUGUAUCAGUGUUACAUUGUAUAUCACGGUGUUACAAUAAAAAAAAACCUUAAAUCUAUGUAAUGCAUAUAUAUAAAAUGGAUACAUUGUGAUUUAAUAAUGCAUUCACUUGAUUUACAAAAUUCAUUGGAAAUGAUAAUUCAUAGUAUUGUUCCAUUUGUGUUAAUUUCAUCACAAUUCCAUUUCAAACAUUUUUACUUAAGAUAAUUAUUUAGAAAAACAAAUGUCACUGAAAGUUUAUGCAUUUACAAAUUUAUAGCUUAGCUGAGCAUGAAACCUUA